AUGUCCGAACGCAAAGUCUUAACCAAAUACUACCCCCCGGACUUCGACCCCUCGCUCGUCGGGCGCUCUCGACAGCCCAAACAAACCGGGCCCAAAGUCCAAACCGUGCGCCUCAUGGCGCCCUUCUCCCUCCGCUGCUCCUCCUGCGGCGAGUACAUGUACAAAGGCCGCAAGUUCAACGCGCGUAAGGAGACGCCGGUAGACGAGCGUUACCUCAACAUCCAGAUCUACCGCUUCUACAUCCGGUGCACGCGCUGCAGCGCCGAGAUCGUGUUCCGCACCGACCCCAAGAACCAGGACUACGCCGUGGAGAAGGGCGCCAAGCGGAACACGGAACCGUGGCGCCGCGGGCUUGAGGGCGAGCUGGAGGAGACGGAUGAGCAGCGGCUGGACAGGAUAGAGAGGGAGAUGGCGGAUGAGAAUGGGGAGGUGGCUGCUGCCGAAGAAAGAAAUGCGAUGGCGGAGCUGGAGCAGAAGACGGCGGACGCGAAGAGGGAGAUGGCGGUUGCGGAUGCGUUGGAUGAGAUUAGGAGUCGGAAUGCCAGGCUCGAAAAGGCGCAGAGGGAGAGCGGGGUGGAUAUUGAGAGUGUGCUGGGCGGGAGGGGGUUGAGCGAGGAGGAGGAACGAAGGAGGAGGGAGGAGGAGGAGGAUGCGGAGGCGGCGAGGAAGGCGUUUGAGUUUGCGAGACUGCAGCAGAAGCUGGAGGAAGGGCCGGCGGAGGUGGAAGUGUUGGGUCUUCCGGGUGUACCUGGGGCUGUGACAAAUGGGGAGGGCUCGUCGGGUUCUUCCUCGAGUACGACUGCUGCUGCUGGCCCCUCAACAACCGCGGCGUCGGCAGCGGCGGCGGCGGCAACGGUCUCGAACCCGACAACCGCGGCUGCAACUGAUAUGCCCCCUCCCAGUUUCAAGCGACAGGUCAAGAAAAAGAAGGAUCACUCGGCCUUGCUUGGUAUCAAAAAGAAGCAACCCCUGGUCUAG